AACAAACAAAAACACACACAAAACCUCUCCAAAUCAAUUCUCGCCGGAGAAUCGAAUCAGUAAUCGCAUCUCGAGAUUUCCGACGGUGUGAACCAUGAAGCGGACUACCUCGUCGAACUCGGAAGCGCAGAGUUACAUCGAAUCACCACUCUCUCCUCUUCGAUUUCACUCUCCGCUAUCAGAUGCCGGAGAUCCACCGGAGAGCCGUUACGUUUCGCCUGAGGGAUCACCGUUCAAACUCGAAAAUCCGAAGGCGAUCGUAACCGACGGCAAGUUCACGCAGUUAACGCCUCUGGCCUCGCCGGUUCCGCCGCCACCUCCUCAGUUUCCGCCGCCGCAUCGUCAGAGAAACGCGAGAGCCCCGACGAAUUCGUCUUCUGAUAAGUCUCCGUCGUCUAUGGUGGUGGUCAAUCGCUGGGUGAGAGAGGAUGGCCCACAGACUACGACGAGGAAGGUUGGACGGCCGACGAACGGCGGAGAAUCGGCAACGACGACCGUGAACAGAGAAAUACGGGAUGAAUUGGUAAGUAAGGCGGCGCUAGGGUUUAGAGUGAGCGAAGUAAUUCUGUGCGUGAUAUCGUUUUCAAUUAUGGCGGCUGAUAAAACUCAAGGAUGGAGCGGCGAUUCCUAUGAUCGCUACAAAGAGUACAGGUAUUGUUUGGCUGUAAACGUUAUAGCAUUCGUUUACUCUGCAUUUGAAGCUUGCGACGCUGCUUGCUACAUCGCCAAAGAGACUUAUAUGAUAAACUGCGGAUUUCACGACAUAUUCGUUUUCUCCAUGGAUCAACUUCUUGCAUACCUUUUGAUGUCGGCUUCUUCAUGCGCUGCUACACGAGUUGAUGACUGGGUAUCUAAUUGGGGCAAAGACGAGUUUACUCAGAUGGCAACAGCUUCUAUCGCGGUUUCGUUUAUAGCGUUUGGUGCGUUUGCGGUCAGCGCUCUGAUUUCUGCUUACAGGCUCUUCACUCAUGCAUCUUCUUAAUUAUCCCCUUUGUGUUGCCCUGAGAAUAUAUGACUCUCGUCUUUGUACAGUCUCUCUUAUAGUCAUAGCUUAGAAAUUAGCACAUGGUAAUGUUUAUUGCUGCUUCAUUGUGUGAUAAAAGUUUCAAUAUGUAUUUAACAAUAAGGCAAGCAAGCAAAUGACUGAGUUUACUUGUGUAACAAGGUUUGACUUGUUUUCUUUUUCAUAACUAAUAUUAAAUUUAAGGUAGGUGAUAAAUCCCAAAACCUA